CUAAUCCCAGUGAGAAAGCAGAAAGGAUUUUUUCUUGUUUGAGAAAAUUCAGGACAAAGAGAAAAGGCGUGCGUAGUGGGUGCUAAAUUCAGGAUCUGAUGGCUGAGUUUGGAGGGAAAUGGCAGGGUUUGAGAUCAGUGUUAAUGCUGUCCUUCAACUUUCUGUUAGCUUUCGUGCUUGUUUCAGCCGAGAGAGGCUUGAAGCGAGAAUUUGCUAGAGUCCCUGAAACAGAGGAGGGUCUAUCAAGCUAUUUUCUUAAAGCCGCUGAUUUCUUAUGGCAGCCUGAUGAAUCGGGGUAUCAACACGUUUGGCCGGAAAUGAAAUUUGGUUGGCAAAUUGUUUUAGGUACUAUUAUUGGAUUCUUUGGAGCAGCAUUUGGAAGUGUAGGCGGCGUUGGUGGGGGUGGCAUUUUUGUUCCCAUGCUAAGCCUAAUUAUUGGGUUUGAUCCCAAAUCCGCAACAGCAAUCUCCAAAUGUAUGAUUAUGGGUGCAGCAGCAUCAACUGUUUACUAUAACCUUAAGCUAAGGCAUCCUACAAUUGACAUGCCCAUCAUUGACUAUGAUUUGACUCUGCUCAUCCAGCCAAUGCUCAUGCUGGGAAUUAGUAUAGGUGUUGCUUUUAACGUUAUAUUUGCAGACUGGAUGGUCACAAUACUGCUUAUUAUUCUCUUUAUGGGUACAUCAACAAAGGCAUUCUUCAAAGGUGUUGAGACAUGGAAAAAGGAAACAAUAAUGAAACAGGAGGCAGCUAAGCGUUUAGAGACAAAUGGUACUGGAGGGGCAGAAGUGGAAUACAAGCCUCUUCCUAGUGGCCCAACCAGUGGCCCUGAAAAGGACACUAAGGAAGCAGAGGUUACUAUUCUUGAAAAUGUUUAUUGGAAGGAACUUGGGCUUCUUGUUUUUGUCUGGGUUGCAUUCCUCGUAUUGCAGAUUGCAAAGAAUCAUACGUCUGCUUGUUCAACAGAAUAUUGGAUAGUAAACUUGUUGCAGAUUCCAGUUUCUGUUGGGGUGACACUGUAUGAGGCAGUGAGCCUUCACAAGGGAAGAAGAAUAAUAGCAUCCAAGGGAGAAGAUGGCACAAAUUUCAAAGUGCACCAGCUUGUACUUUACAGUGCCUGUGGUGUACUGGCUGGAGUAGUUGGUGGGCUGCUUGGACUAGGCGGAGGUUUCAUCAUGGGUCCACUAUUUUUGGAGUUGGGAAUCCCGCCUCAGGUGUCAAGUGCAACAGCCACCUUUGCAAUGACUUUCUCCUCAUCCAUGUCUGUUGUAGAAUACUACCUUCUGAAACGUUUUCCAGUUCCUUAUGCUCUUUACUUCGUAGCUGUGGCUACACUUGCUGCCUUAAUAGGACAGCACAUUGUGAGAAGGUUGAUUAUUGUGUUUGGAAGGGCAUCCCUCAUCAUCUUCAUUCUUGCUUUCACCAUAUUUGUUAGUGCAAUUUCACUAGGUGGUGUCGGCAUAUCAAACAUGAUCGGGAAGAUAGAACGUAAUGAAUACAUGGGAUUUGAGAACCUCUGCAAGUAUGAGGGGUAGAAUAUAGCAUUUUUCUUUACAAUUUUUUUCAUAUUACUUUGUUUCUGUGUUCAAGGUUCCCAGAUGCUGUAAUUAUUUGUUUAAGCUACAAAAACAUGCCUCAUGCUUUGUAAAAGUUAUUGGGCUUAGGUUAGGCGGAGAAAAGGAUGAUUACCAACCUGAUUUUAAUUCUCUUCUUAGAACUUUAUUGUAUAAGCUUUCCAUUCAUACCUUUUUUGAUUUGUUACAAUCGGCUUUGAUAAGAUUUGAAAUUGUGACUUUAAAGUUCUAGAGACAA